AUCUUUGGUUUGUUUAUAAAUAUAAUUGCGCACACAAAAAGAUUUGUAUUAUAUGGUGUGGUUUUUGGGAUGGGAGUCUAUAAUAACUGUAUUCUUUAUUAAUUAAUAAUUUUUACAAACUCAACUAUGUCGGUAAAGAAACAACUUAAAGAAGCCUUCGAGGUGGCGGCGCAGUACGGAGCGUUCUUCACGGGGGGCGUGGUCCAGUGGUCGCAGACCGGGCAGGAGCUGCUGUGCCAGUGCGGCGCGGCGGUGCAGGUGGUGGGGGUGGCGGAGGGCCGUGUGGUGUCCACUCUGGGCGAUGCCCCCGACGCAGAGCACGGAGACGACGAGGAGGCGGUGGUGGACGCCAUCAGCACCUUCGUGCUCAGCCCGGACGACAGCAUAGUUGUGGCCAGCCACCGCAGCGGCCUGUUCCGCCUCUGGCACUGGCGAGAGGCCCGGCUGGACAAGACGUGGCGCAGCGUGCACAAGGGCCCCGUGGCUCGUCUCGCUCUGAGCGCGGACGCCGUGCUGCUGGCGUCGGGGGGCAGCGACUCCAGUGUGCGUGUCUGGGACCUGCAGCACCAGGCGUGUGUCCUCAGCCUGCGCGGGGCGCAGGGCGUGGUCAGCGCGCUGCAGUUCCACCGCUGCGAGGGCAGACUGCUGGUGCUGGCAGCGGCAGACGACCUGGUGAUCCACGCCUGGGACGCCGUCACCGGGGAGCACACCCUGGGCCUCUCCGGCCACUUCAGCACGGUCACCGGCCUGGCGGCGCACCCUGACGGCCGGCGGCUCACCAGCUGCGGUCGGGACAAGGUGCUGGUGGUGUGGGACCUGGGGGCGGGCACCAAGGAGCGCACGCUGCCCCUGUACGAGGGCCUGGAGAGCGCGGUGGCGCUGCCCGGCACGCUGUCCCUGCCGGGCGUGCAGCAGCCCUGCGGUGCGCUGGUGGCCGUCGCCGGCGAGAAGGGCGUGGUGCGCGUGUGGGACGUGCAGGCGGGCAGGCAGGUGUACCAGCAGGGGGACCCCCGGGAGGGCGGCCCGGCAGUGACCCAGCUGCUGCACUGCCCCGCCCUCUCCAUGCUGGCGGUCGUGACCGCCGAUCACAACGUCGCGCUGCACGCCCUCCCCUCCUUCGCCGCCCACAAGCAGCUGGUGGGGUUCAGCGACGAGGUGCUGGACGCGGUGUUCGUGGGCGCCGGGGACUCGCACAUCGCGGUCGCCACCAACAGCCCCGACAUCAAGCUGUACGACGCAGCGGCCAUGGGCUGCCGGCUGCUGCGCGGCCAUUCGGACAUUGUGCUGUCGCUGGCCGUGAGCCCCGCGGAGCCCCGCCUGCUCGCCUCCUCCGCCAAGGACAACAGCGUGCGCGUGUGGCUGGUGGAGGAGGCCGUGUGCUGCCUGGCCGUGGGGCGCAGGCACACGGCGUCUGUGGGCUGCGUGGCGCUGGGCUGGAAGCAGGCGGGCUUCGUGGUGUCCGCGAGCCGGGACUGCUGCCUGAAGCUGUGGGACGCGCCCGCCCGCCUCGCCCCAGGGGAGGAGCAGACGCUGGUGGUACGAGCCACGCAGCGAGCCCACGACAAGGACAUCAACUGCGUGUGCGUGUCGCCCAACGACCAGCUGCUGGCGACCGCCUCCCAGGACAGGACCGCCAAGCUGUGGGCGGCCGCGGACCUGUCUCUGGUGGGCGUGCUGCGCGGGCACCGGCGCGGCGUGUGGAGCGCGCGCUUCUCGCCCGUCGACAAGGUGCUGCUGACCACCUCCGCGGACUGCAGCGCCCGGCUGUGGAGCAUCGAGGACCUGGCCUGCAUCAAGACGCUGGAGGGCCACGAGUCGUCCGUGCUGCGUGGGGAGUUCGUGACGCGCGGGAUGCAGCUGGUGACGGCGGCCGCUGACGGCCUGGUCAAGGCGUGGAGCGUGAAGACGAGCGAGUGCGUGUGCACGCUGGAACGGCACAGUGACCGCGUCUGGGCCCUGGCAGUGUCGGGGGACGGCGCGGCGCUGCUGACGGGCGGCGCGGACUCCCUCCUCGUGCUGUGGCGUGACGUCACCGCGCAGAGGCAGCAGGCGGAGCGCGAGGACGCGCAGCGACGGCUGCUGCAGGAGCAGCAGUUGGCGAACCUGGUGCAGGGGGACCAGCUGUUGGCGGCCCUGCGCCUCGCCCUGUCCCUGGACCGCCCGCGCCUCGUGCUGCGUCUAGUCCAGGACGUGGUGCGCCGGGGCGACGCGGGGCUGGCAGACUCGCUCCGGCAGCUGGACGAUGCCCAGAAGCAGGCGCUGCUCAAGUGUGCGUCCGUGUGGAACACCAACAGCCGGAGCUGCUACCCCGCGCAGCUGGUGGUGUCGGCGCUGCUGGACGAGGUGGUGGGGGGCCGGCUGGUGGCGGCCGGUUGGCUCGAGGAAGUGCUGCCCUACACGCAGCGCCACUACGACCGCCUCACGCAGCUGCUGCAGGACGUGCAACUGCUGCACUACACGGCCGCCUGCAUGCGCCCGCAGGCGUCCUAGCGGCGACACCCGCCCGAACCCUGUCUCUCGUCACCAAAUAAAACUUGUAAACUCAA